GUGGGGCUAAGGAAACGGAGCGAGAGUGACUGUAGCGGCAGUGCUCCUGCGGUGGGUUGCGCACCGGGUCAGCGGCACCAUGGCAGACCAGUCUUUUGUGACGCUAGCCACAAAUGAUUCCUACGUGAAAGGAGCUCUCGUACUGGGUUCAUCACUACGAAACUACAGGACAACGAAGAGGCUGACAGCACUGAUCACUCCCCAUGUCUCAGAUGCAAUGCGGCAAGUAUUGGAAAAAGUUUUCGAUGAAGUGAAGUUGGUGGAUGUCUUGGACAGUGGAGAUUCAGCCCAUCUCGCACUACUGAAGAGGCCUGAGCUUGGUGUUACACUGACAAAACUCCAUUGUUGGGGACUAACACAGUUUUCAAAGUGUGUGUUCAUGGAUGCAGACACAAUGGUUUUGUCAAAUAUUGAUGAGCUUUUUGAAAGAGAAGAACUUUCCGCAGCACCAGAUCCAGGUUGGCCUGACUGUUUCAAUUCAGGAGUUUUUGUCUAUCGCCCUUCCAUUGAAACAUUCAAUCAACUGUUGCAGCUUGCCAUAGAGAAAGGCAGCUUCGAUGGUGGGGACCAGGGCUUACUAAACACCUUCUUCAGCAGUUGGGCAACUACGGACAUUAACAAGCACCUGCCAUUUAUUUAUAACCUAAGCAGUAUUUCUAUCUACUCCUACCUCCCAGCAUUUAAAGCGCAGAACUAUUCUUCUUCUGACAGGUUUGGGACAAAUGCUAAAGUUGUGCACUUCCUGGGGAGAAUGAAACCGUGGAACUACACAUAUGACUCCAAAGCCAAAAGUGUCAAAGAAGAUGCUCAAGAUCCCACAAUGGUUCAUCCAGAGUUCCUCAACAUGUGGUGGAAUACUUAUGUCACAAACAUCCUGCCAUUGCUACAUCAGCACGGUGCCAUUAAAGACACAGCUACCGGUGUGAAGGCGCUAUCGGGCUUGGUCUAUUCACUGGCUUUCUCUUGUGGCUUCUGUAGAGAGGAAGAGGUAGCAGAGGCGGUCUCCCACCUGUCGCUUUCACCUGCAGCCCUGCCGCCCUCCCCACCGUCGCCGCCAGCUAUGUCCUCAGAGGAGCGCAAAGAAAGAUGGGAGCAGGGUCAGGCUGACUAUAUGGGCGCAGACAGCUUUGACAACAUCAAGAAAAAACUUGAUACCUACCUCCAGUAGAAACACUUGUAUCUGUUCUACAGACAUCAGCAAUCCAAGGACUUGUUUCAGAGCUAUAGCAACUAGAAAAGUCAGAUAGGGUCAAUAAACUUGCUAGCAGCUUUGCGGCUGCUCAGCUAAAGUCUGUUGGCAGUACCACAGGUAAGAACUGAGCAAAAGCUGUUUAAAGUAUGACUCCUUGUGCCAAUUGUGUGUCCAACAGCCAGAACUUUUUCUCUUGCACAAAAGCUAACCAACAUGCCUGCAAAGAACUCAUUGGGAUCAGGGCACUCAACUGGCUUGAAACAUACUCCUUAGACCCAUAGGGACUGUGCUUUACCUCUCCUGGCCUGCACACCCAAACCACAUUUUGCUUGCUAUGUUAAUGUAAGGACUAGAGGUUAAGGCAGCUACAAUGAGGGUGCCUUAUGAUGAGGACACAAAGACAUGCAACAUCCUAACUGUAACAACACUGCUUCCCUGUCAAUUCCAGCCAUAUCGAAGAUUCUGACCAGACUUCUAUGCGCGGUACCUACAGCAUGGCAAAUGCUUUUGUUCAGUUCUGUAUAUAUCUGGGCCUAGUUUAAAAACAACCACCCUUUGAACUGCUACCUGUAAUAUGGCACUCUAAAUACAAAAUAAAAAAUAAUGGUAAAAUUC